AUGUCUAUACCAGUGAUUCGAAAACCAGCUAUAAGGGCAGGCUUAAUCUUGUCUCGAACACCAAUAAUCGCGCCGGAAUUGACUAAAUUAGAAUCUCAAUACUAUGCAUAUCAAUCGGAAUUAGAGAAGAGAUUAAUGUGGACGUUCCCAGCAUACUACUAUUUUAAGAGGGGUUCAUUGGCAUCACAUCGUUUUAUUAAGGCCCAGAAAUGGCCCGUGAGUAAAGCUCCUGGAGUUUGGUAUCCUAGGGGUGUUCCUGAUAUCAGGCAUGGAAGAGAGAGAAGAUUGAAACAAGAGGUUGUUUUGCCCAAAGAAAAGAAGGACGUGACAGAAAGUACUGGCAGUACUGGAGGAAGUGAGUCAGUAACUGAUUUAACUGAUGCUUCUAGACCGAUUGUCCCCAAUUCAAGGAUUACAGAGGCAGACAAAUUGAAUGAUUUAAAGAGUCUCGAGAGACAACUAUCAAGAACGUUGUAUUUGCUAGUGCAAGACAAAUCGCUAGGUAAAUGGAUAUUCCCAAGCUUUGAUGUAGUAAAAGACACGACGGAAGAGGUGAAACCAUUACAUGAAGUUGCAGAAGACGGAUUAAGAUCUCUUGUUGGACCCAACAUAAACACGUGGACGGUGUCAGGAACACCAGCUUCUGUAUUAAAGCAGGAAAAUGACGUCUAUGAAUUUUUAAUUAAAUCACAUAUACUGGCAGGUAAUUUGGAAUUGACGAAAAAAGGCCUAGAACAAAUUGGUGAAUAUGCAUGGCUAACAAGAGAUGAGAUAAAGGAACAUGUUGAAACAAGUUAUUUUGAGAACGUUGAAUUCUUACUAGCCAAAUGA